UGCCAAAUUAAAAUUAUACUGUAACUGGGAUUUGUUCCUUAAAUAUAUGUUACAAUUUUCUGAGUUUAAUGCAUUAUAUAAUGAAUAAUUUAUAAGAUACAAGAAUCUGGUAGCGUGUGACUUGAAGGUCAGAGCAUUGCUAGGAGUGUUGCAUGACAUGAUAUGGAUCAGUUGUGAGGUUGCUAUGGCGCCUUUAUGCCACAAACAGGUACAUUAUUGAUUAUGUCACGUUGGUUUAAAUACACCUAUGAGAGGGGAAAGCUGUAGUCAUGCCACAUUAACCUAUAUUCAUUAGUGAGAGUCAACAUCAUCAUCUGAGGUAGUGCUCCUCUGAAGCUGGAGAGACGUUGGACAUAGGUGCCUUUAAAUUACAUUUAGUUUGUUCCAUGUAACGUAUUGUGACAUGUUGCAUUAUGGUGAUUUGUACAUAGUAAAGAAGUGAUAUGUUAAAUUUAUGCUGUUAAUCGUGGACCUCUCAGUCAGUAUGGGUCAGGCGAAGGAGCGUAAGUGCCGUGAACCUGAUUGGCUGCGUGACCUGGAAGCCCGACUGUGUUCAGUCAUUGUUGUAAUCAGCUUCACAAUUGCUAUAAUUUCUUUAGGUUUAUUCACUGAUUCAGCAAUAUUAUCUUUGUCUGUCGAAUUUACACCAGCCAUUUGUAGGACCACCAAUGUGAAACAUUUGAAUGGUAGUACAAAUUGUCUGUGGACAUCUUGCCGUCAAAGCUGCACAGCGACUGUUUACAAUUGUUCACAGAUUUAUGUGAACUACAUGCUUAAUGAUACAAAUGUGAAUGACACAUUCAUUUCUGUGGCUGAUAACAGUACGUACCCAUCAUGGAGUCUGGAAGACAGCAGCAGUCUGUAUGUGGACAUGUUGAGUGACAUGGAAACAAAUUCCAGUUCAGUGAACAGUUCUUUGCCGUUAUAUGUAAAUGUGAAUGGAUGUGGCUACGAACCUGAAGUUUCAUGCCAUAAUUUCUAUCAGCAGUAUGGUAAUGCUGGAAUUUCAUUUAAUUGUGAAGUCAGCUUCAGUGUGGACCCACCAAUAGUCAUCCCAGAUUCACCACUCAACAUUGACACAGAUAAAACUGCACUGAUUAAUUACCUGGUCUUAUCCUUAAUGCCACUGGUUUUCUUUUUUGUUUGCUCUCUAUAUAUUUAUUGGCGGAAGUUGUUCAAACCAAAACCAAAGAAAGAUUUACGUCGAUGUGUGAAAAAGAAAAGAGUCGAGAGAUCUGGAAAAUUUUUUGAAAGUAAAGUAAAAGAAAUGAAUACGUUGGAAGAAGCCAAGACGUCAGACUCCCCAGCAGAACUGCUGAGUGUCAGAUCUGUUGAGAGUCAAGUGAACAGUAAACAAGAAGCGCCUAAACAGGCCUGCCCAUCCUUCAUCAACGUUCCAGUGUCAACCUCUACAGCAGUGAAUGUCAGCUUUGCAGACUGGGAACAGUUCUUGUAAUGCACACAUUAAGUAAAGUUGCUUGCCGAAAUAUGAUGAAAUUUGUUAUGGAGGACUUCUCAAAAAGUUGUUACAGAAACACAACUUUAGUCUAUUGUUCCAGUGAACCCCCUGCUGCUGUAUGUAUUGGUAAUGUUUAUCGUGUUAGAGAACAAUCACUCUCUCACUCAGUAGCCACUUAAUAGCUUGAUGUCAGCUUGUUCUCAUCCACUGCUAUUUCACUGUGUGCAACUGUGCUGUCUUUUUCUUGCUUCUUGUGCUGCCAGAAGUGAGCUAAUUCUUUUUAAUUCUCUUAGUGAGGAGUGGAGUCCAACUGGAUCCACUCGGCACGAUGACCACUGAUUGG